AUGAAAAUCAAGGCACUUACGAGGUCACUUGAUGAUCAUGCUCCUGCGCGGUUGGGCGAUGCGGCGCCCGUGCAGCGGAACUUGGAUCCCACGAUGCAUCCAUUUGAAAAGCCUCGCGAAUAUACACGCGCUUUAAACGCAGCAAAGUUAGACCGUCUGUUUGCGAAACCAUUUGUGUCGGCAUUUGAAGGGCAUAUUGACGGUGUAUACGCAUUGGCAAAGCAUCCGAAACGUUUGGAUAUUAUGGCCAGUGGAAGCGGAGAUGGGGAGAUCCGUCUUUGGGAUGUGAACCACCAGCGAUGUACAUAUACAUAUCCACGAGCACAUGCAGGUAUCAUUCAGUCUCUCUGCAUAUCGCCACUGUCAUUCUCAGGGAAUGCGUCAGCAUCAAAACGCAUGCUCUCGUGCUCGACAGACCGCACCAUCAAAGUGUGGAAUGCUGAUCCGGUGCCUGAGGGCUAUGGCGAGUACGCCGAAUACCGGCCGGAUGUGAGUGAUGAUGAACAAGACGAAGAUGACGACGACGGCGAUGUUGUGUCUGGCGCACGAGAUGCGAAUCUGUUUAGUAUGCAGCCCCCCAAACUUGCUGCGAGUGAGCCGUUGUCUGUGUACCAGGGACGAACGGCAUUUCAUUCCUUGUCGCAUCAUGCGCACUUGCCGCGCUUUGCUUCUGCGUCUAGUACUGUGCAAGUAUGGGACUUGAACCGCGGCGGCGGUUCUGACGCUCUCAUGACCAUGUCGAUGGGUGUGGAUGCUGUGCAUGUGGUGCGGUACAACCAGAGUGAGACGGAUGUGCUUGCGAGCGCUGGGACGGAUCGCGGUGUGACACUGUACGAUAUGCGGAGUGGCAAAGCAUUGCACAAGGUUGUGCUUACGAUGCGUGCCAAUGACCUCGCCUGGUCGCCUCUUGAGCCGACCACAUUUGCCGUGGCUAGCGAAGACUAUAACAUGUAUACGUUUGACAUGCGGAACAUGUCGUCGGCAACGCAGAUCUACAAGGGUCAUGUCGGCGCGGUCAUGUCUGUCGACUGGGCACCCACGGGCCAAAGUCUUGUCACGGGCUCGUACGACCGCACUGUGCGCCUGUGGGACGUCGGCAAAGGUGCUCGAUCUCGCGACGUCUACCAUACAAAGCGCAUGCAGAAGGUGUUUAGUGUGGCAUAUACCCUCGAUGCACGCUUUGUACUGAGUGGCUCCGAUGACGGCAAUGUCCGUUUGUGGAAGCAUGGCGCCAGCGACAAACUAGGUAUUGUGUCUGCGCGCGAGCGUGCAAGUCGUGAGUAUGCGCAGGCUCUUCGCAAGCGUUGGCAGUCCGUGGGUGACGUCGCGAAGAUUGAGCGCCAGCGCCACGUGCCCAAGCCAAUUCGCUCUGCGCAGAAGCUGCAUCAUACAAUGUCGGAGGCUCGUCGUGUCAAGGAAGACCGUCGACGCAAGCACACGAAGCGGGGAACUAUGAAGCCGAAAGCGGCACGAAAGUCGGUCGUUCUCGAGGAGAAAGAGUAG